UGAAACUCUCACAUUCCUGGCAUAGCACAGCGAUAGAGAGACACAGAGCAGCCCGGCCGCUGCCAGCACCAGUACACACUCCGAUCACAGCUCUCCGGGAGAACACAGCCUGAUCCCCGCACCGAGGACUGACUACACCGGGACUUGUCACAUGCUGGAGCCCCGAUCUCUACCAUACACAUCGGAUAUGAGCUGGUUCCUCACAGCAGAGCCAUAGAUCAGAAGAUUUGGAAAAAGGAUUAUUGUUCAGUAUUGAUUGCUCGUCAUCCUUUGGUGGGAUUAUUUCUUUUUUGAGAAAGGAUGAGAACCGCAGAGGAUUCAUCCGGAACAGUUCUUCACCGUCUUAUCCAGGAGCAGCUGAGAUAUGGAAAUCUGAGUGAAAAUCGUACCUUAUUAGCUAUUCAGCAACAGGCCUUACGGGCUGGAGGGGGCAGUGGUAGCCCCAGAUCAUCCCUGGAAAGCCUUGAACAGGAGGAGAUGCAGGGUAGCCCUUCUACAAGGCAGGAGCCUCAAGGGCAGGAGCACCAUUGUGACCAUUUCUACCUGGAGAAUCCUAUGUAUAAAGCUCAUGAGUACCACCAUAAGGGUGAGGAACUUCCAACCUACGAAGAAGCCAAAGCUGCCUUGUCUCAAUACUAUGUAGCUCAAAAUAUCCAGAAGGUAGAACAUGCUCCUCCACGCCAAGACCAGUCACUCAUGGAGCUGAAGCAUGGCCACGUUAGGUCUUUGAGUGAAAGAUUGCUGCAGAUGUCUCUAGAGCGCAAUGGCGCUAAACCGCAAAACCUUAUGACCUCCUCUCAUAGCUUUCCCCAGCUCCCAAGGCAGUACCAGCUUUCAGUAGCUCGUGGACAACAGGAAGAAGGAAUGCAAUAUAGGAAUGCUCCUCCUGAAUACCCAAGUUACAACCAUCCUGACCCUAAUCUCAGUGGUUAUACAUCAGAGCAGAGGCGCUAUUCUGGAGACCUCCCUCUGUACCAUCAGCCUGAAAUCAGGCCGAUGCCAGAUCCAAACCUACACUAUGGGCAGAUGGCACAUUUUAAUGUAGCAGGUACUCACAUGGCACGAAUGGAUGCUCUACUACGAGAGAAUGAAAAAUUACGCCGGGAACUUGAGAAUUACAGUGAAAAAGCAGUGAGGAUCCAGAAGCUGGAAACUGAAAUUCAGCGAAUUUCUGAAGCUUAUGAAAGUCUCAUGAAAGCAUCCUCUAAGAGAGAGUCCCUUGAAAAUGCCAUGAGGACCAAGAUGGAAGGAGAGAUGAGGCGCAUGCAGGACUUCAACCGUGACCUAAGAGAACGGCUGGAAACUGCAAACAAACAGCUAGCUGCCCGGAAUGUGGAGCAGAGGGAAGACAGUCAAGGAACAGUGUCCAAACUGCUUGCUCAAUGCCACGAACAGCAGUUUGAGAAAGAGAAGUUAGAGCGAGAGAUUUGCCUCUUGCGAAGUUCCAAUGAGGACCAACGCCGAAGGGCAGAGCUGCUGGAAAAGGCUCUGAGUAAUGCCCAGUCCACAGCCGCUCGCACUGAGGAUGAGCUGCGCAAGAAGAGGGCGUAUGUGGAAAAAGUGGAAAGACUACAGCAGGCAUUAAGCCAGCUCCAAGCUGCCUGUGAAAAGAGGGAACAGCUAGAAUUGCGCCUGCGGACAAGAUUGGAGCAGGAGUUGAAAAACCUAAGGGCUCAACAGAGACAACCAAUGACACAAAAUGGAAACUAUUCUCCAGAAGUCUCUGCUCAGAUCCUUUCUGAGCAGCUGAGGGAGAAGGAGGAACGGAUCCUGGCUCUGGAGGCUGACAUGACCAAGUGGGAACAAAAGUAUUUGGAAGAACGCACAAUGCGCCAGUUUGCCAUGGAUGCUGCAGCCACUGCAGCUGCUCAGCGAGACACUACUAUUAUCAACCACUCACCUCGCCAUUCGCCAAACAAUAGCUUCAAUGAGGACCUGCUAUUAGUGAGCCACAGGCAUCAAGAAAUGGAGAACAGAAUCAAAGCUCUUCAUGCACAGAUACUGGAGAAGGAUGCAGUCAUUAAAGUCUUUCAGCAACGUAAACCUUACCAAGGCCCCCUGCGACCUGCUAAGUCAGUGCCUUCUAUAUUCACCCCAUCUAUGCCAAGCCAAAACUCGGCAGCUGUUGAAAGACAAGUGAACAAUACAUCACAGGGAGCACCAGUAAGUAAAUCACCAUCUGCCAACAUGAGCCCCUUACCUGUUCACGCCAAACAUGGCAGUAAAGAAGGUAGCACCCAGACGGAGUAUUCAACAGACUCGACAAGUGCGACAGUCUCUAUUCUGGACAGGAAUACCUCAUCUUCACUAGAAACAGUGUCCUCAACUAAAAGCUCAAAUGUUUCUGAAAUGGUGGAGAUCCUUAUCUGAGCUGUCCAUGCCUGGGGCUAUACCCUCAAACUUGAGAAAGUCUUACAUGGUCAAGAUUUGUUGAUUUUCAGACAACUGAAAUCUACAGGCAAAGGAUGCCGUGUUCAGUUUGUAAUGAUGAAGGUGCUCCUGGAGUCGAACCAAGGUCAUUGUAAAGCCGGAGAUGUAUCAUUUAGGAUUCAGAUGAACUUUAUACAUUGUCCAGCACACCAGUCUGAGCUGUUGAUAAAAAUGGAGGAGACUGGAAGACUUGAGAUGACCUUCUUAGAUUUCUCCACCAAACAGUUGCCAUCAACACUUGCCAACAUCAAUUAAUGUGAUUAAAGUGGUUUUGGAAUGUGAAAUAUGGCUUAGACUUAAGACUUGGAUUCACAUGGACAUGUUCUGGGGGAAGAAGAAUCGUGUCUAAUUUUUGGCUUUGGAGAGCCAAGUCCAACCCUUUUUGCUGCUAGAAAUACCUACAGAAAACUGUAGGGGUUUGAAGUGGUUUAAAGUUACCGGACUCUUGUCCCAAACAUUUUUCAUGUAAAUACUUAUGUGUUUAUUUUUAUAACACCUUGCAUUGUUACUAUUUAUGGACAACACAACUGUAUUGUUGUCUCAACCCCACAUCUUUUGUGUUUUGACGUUUUAACAAAACACAAGCUUAUAAAAUUGAAAUUGGACUCUUAAGGACAACCAUAUGGCCUCAUCUACGUGGUGUGGAAGGGUUGCCCAUAGCAAAAAAUGAGACCGCGCUUUCAAAUAUUUUGAGUCCUUCUGACUGCUAUGGGAUGAUUUUUGUAAUUUACCACCUUUUUUAUGGUAGCUUUUGUGAUGUUUUUACUUCACAGAGGCUCGCGAGUAGUAGGCAAAGCAAUAUAUUUAUCCCUCUCCACAAAACCCUAUAUUGUAUUUAUUUUUUACUUUAAUAUUCUACCCCCUCCGUCCUUGUCCCCUCUUUUAAACUGCAGUUGCUGGCCAACAGCAGUUAUUGUUCAGUUUGGUUCCUGCGUGUUUACAAAAUUAGAUCAACAUGAAAUUGCUUUGAGCAAUUUACUAAAGAUUUUUUUCUUUAGAAGUGGUCGCCCCUCUCUAUGCCCUGUGUUUGCCAGACGAGGAAAGAUAAUACUUCCUUUGUUUGACAAAAGUGAUGGGUUACAAAUGUAAUAUAUUAUUUUUUUGUAUGUGUUAUUUCUGCCUAUCUGCGCUGUGAAAGUCUGUGUUCUAUUCCAAAGAUGUAUGAAUCCGAUAUAUAUUUUCUGUGAGUUUACUUAAGUUAUCGAAAGUAUUUAAAGAUGUAAGCGUGGCUGUUGUGUCUUAAUAUUAUUCUGCUUUAUUAUAUGCUGCCCGGAUGCAAUCUGGCACUGCUGUUGCAGACCAGAAUUUUGUAAUUUUAAAUAUAAAAUUAAUAAAUAAGAUUUAAAA